AUAGGUAUUCUUCUUAUUCUUCUUUCGACGCCGCUCAACGUUCGAUCUCUCUAUGGAAACAGCAAACACAGGCAUUUUCUGGUAUGUGGAUGAUUGUCCAAUACCAGAAGGUCUCAGUGCUUUGAAGGUGUCUCAGAACAUGAGAUUGGCUCUGUCAAAGUUGAAUUAUAGUGGUAAGGUGUUUAUCCAUGCUUAUGGUGAUUCUCAAAAAAUCUUGGAAGACCUAAACCCAUCAGGAGAUGAAACUCUAGAUUUUGGCAAAGCAUCCAUUAGUGAUGUGAAGCCAGCAGUGUUUGUCAAACAUACACCCGGUAAUUUUGAUUAUCGUGGUACUACAGCUAUUUAUACUCAAGAUGAUGAAUCAACACCUCUAUUUAUGCUCCAUCACUCAUCAGGAGAUAAAGAUGCGAUGCUUGGGAGGAUUUUAGUAGACUUUAUGAUAUGGGCAAUUGAUAAUCCUGCACCAGCAAAUAUUAUACUAGUCUUGGGAAGCAACAUGUCAAGACGUCAGCAAGAAUUCAAAAAUGCUCUUCUCCAAGUUAAUAUGCUACGUUACAACAUCCAUUUUGCGUAUCCUCAAAACGCAACAUGCCCCUCUCUUCCUUCUGUUCAUAUCAAAUGGCUUUGGGAAAGUCUAUCAAGUGGAGGUAACCCUGAGGAGGAGGAGGAGGAGGAAGAGGAGGAAGAGGAGGAGGAAGAGGAGAAGAAUGAGGAUUAGUUUAUUUAGUCUUGUUUGAGUGUAAUAUCUCAGUUUACUCAGCCUUGUCUUUUUAUAUGUGAUGAAAUGAAACUGCCAACUUGCUUGAAAA